AUGCUCUCCAAACAAAUCCUCCGAUCGUGGUGUCGUCGUUCCAUGCACCGUACCGUCCGUCAGCCGGUCCUCUCUGCCAGCUUCUCCCUUGAAAAAGAGUGGGCGGGGCGCCACGUGGCACUCGGAAAGCUGGGAUUGGGCGGAGACUACGAAUGGAUUUCGGCGGUUCAGAAGAAGUUCAUCGGCGGUGGAUACGCUUCGGCAGUCGACGUUGAUGCGGCUGUCUGUGUGGCCGAGCAGAAGGAUCAGGUUGAUGACGUCAUCGAGUUGUUGUACAAAUUGAGGCACAGUGUGAAGGCUGCUGAGAAGUUGGAGUCUAGCGAGUACGCUCUGGUUCGGCUGUUGCUUAAAUAUCAACCGGAGACUAUUCUGACACUGGCUAAUGAUCCGAUCAACUACGGUGUCUUUUUGAAUCCCCAUCUCGCCUGUAUCGUCAUCGAUCACUUUAUCAGAACAUCGAACAUCCAAGCGGCCGCCCGAAUCGUCACGUGGAUGGUCCAGCAGGAGGAGCUGGAUAAUGAGCUUUUAAACGUCCUUGGAAUGUAUGUAUGUGCAAAGUGGGCGGAGCUUCCAGCCGAUCAGCAGACACUCGAUUUAGGAGCAGUUGAGGAGGAAGAAGACGUCAAUGAUGACGAUAUUAGAACGUUCAAAUUCCCAUAUCUCAAAAACGACAGCUUCGACGAGCAUUUCGACCUAACGAAUGCACAUCAUCUCGUUGGAAAGUCGAUGAUGUGGCUUUCUCGGGAUACGAAGUCGAUUUCGGAUUCUCUAAAGUCGAGCAUCCAGGUUCUAGGCGCAGUGCUCUUCGAGAAACUUCCAGAAGCCAAUUUGGGAAUUGCCACGUCAUCUGGGAGUGUGAAGAGAAUGGUUGCGGAGAGAUUGGCGGCGAAGGAAGGAGAAGAGCAGUCGGAAGACGUCAAGAAGAUUCUGGAGACGAUUGGAGAGGUGAAGGCAGAGGAGACAUUGCUCAGUGAGCAGAUUUUGGAGCAUUUGAAGGAAAUCCAGCCAACCGAAGAGCAGAAGGUGUGCUCCUCACAGACCGCGCAAUUUGCCACGUGGAAUGAGCGUCGUCAGGAACUGGCAAAGUCGCAAGCUCAAAAAGUAUUGAUUCGCAUUCGACAGGACGAGAUUCGAGGCGAGCUGAAGGCGUUGGAUGAGCAGGAGGAGCAGAUGUCGUUCUUCAAAAAUCGACUGCAGUGGGAGAAGCGGGCGGCCGAGAACACGCAAAUCGACGAGGAAUCCAAACAGAGGCACAGGAAGAGAGAAGCUGCUAAUUAG